UGCUAUCCAUCAUUUCAGCCUUUGUGCCUAAUCACAUAGCUCUUUCUGCGUUAGGAUAAAAAUUAUAACUUUUUUUUUUUGUUCGUAAGGCAUUCGGAAAACCUUUAAUGUGGCUCGGGGAAGAGACGUAAAGUGCGGUGUUGAUCCACUUGUUGAUUGAAUCAGACUCGCGGUUAGCUGACUAGCUCCACCGGCACACACACUUAACCAGGACUGAACAAACGUAUGGACACAGCGAAACCUGUGUGAUUUAUCUCUAAUUGGGGUUUACGGGUUUAAUCCGGAUGGUUGCGAUCUCUUCACUCAUCGCAAUUAUGUUUUAAAAUAAUUAUUAGGAAUUACUCGUUUUCGGUGGCGAGAGAAACUUAAGCUGAAUCCUCUAGCUAAUGCUAAUUUAACAAAAAGGGUCAGGUAAUACAACCGUCAACAGACACAAGUAACAUCUCUGACCAUCGCGGGACGUUUUUCAACAGUGCCAAUAUAAAUAUAUAAGUACGGAACUUUGUUUUAGAGAUUUAAAUUGCGUUUUAUUUAAUGCUGUUUUUAAAUGAUGGACAGAGCCUCGUCCUGGAGACUUUAACCAGAGAAGAUGAUGAGCUGUGAACCCAUUGCAUUGAAUGUUCUUAUGGAAUAACACUAACAGAGUCAUACUUUUUGGACAAGUUGAAGAUUAUGUAGGAUUUUGACUAGGAAUCUACCCAAGUUUUAUUCGAUUACAAUAUAAGAUAUAUUCUGCUUUUUGAGACACAGACUGUGUAUGCAAUGGACACAAUCAACCAACAUCCUUUAGACUCUGGGUUUGCUGAACGAGAUCACAGGAUAAUUUACAGUUCAGAAAGAUCUGGGAGCUUUGAUGAACAUCAUGGAAAUGGUGAGGGAUGGAAACUGGUGGACGUGACCCUAUCUGGGGGAGCACCAUGGGGCUUUACCCUCAGAGGAGGACUGGAGCACGGAGAACCUCUUCUUAUAACCAAGGUGGAAGAGGGCAGUAAGGCCGCGGAUGUGAGGCUGCUGGCUGGAGAUGAACUCAUCAACAUCAACAAUAUUUAUCUCACUGGCUACAGACAAGAGGCCAUCUGCCUAGUCAAGGGCUCGCACAAGACUCUUAGUCUGGUGGUGAAAAGGAAAAUGAAAAUGGUGGAUAUUGUAGCACAGAAAAUGCCAUCAGAGAGCGACGUGCAUAUGGCCCGGAGCUUUCUCACGAAGAUUUUGCGAAGUUCCAUGAGGAGAAAUGAACCCAUGAGCAGACCUCACUCCUGGCAUGCCACCAAGUUCAACGAGAGCCACUCUGAAGCCAAAACACAGUCCACACCCUCACCAGUCUGGCAAACAAGCUAUGAUGCAAGUUUAUAUUCCUCUGACCUCUCUACUGGCUGGGAGCAAACAAAUCUACAGAGAGUAUCUGAUCAGUUCAGUUCCUUGGGCAGUAUGGACAGCCUAGAGCAUAGCUCUCAUCUCUACCAACCUGGCCGCCUUUCCCCAAGCAAGUUCAACAAUAAUAGCAUUGAACAUUUGAGUGGUGGUAAACGAGACUCAGCAUAUAGCUCCUUUUCUACAAGCUCGGGAACGCCAGAUUACACACUGUCCAAAAAUAACACUGCAUCCACUGAGAACAUGUUGUACAAAAUGAAUCACUGGGACUCAAGUGUUAGGCAUAGCAAUGGCAGGCACAGCCGAAGCUUAAGUGAAGGGGUUCGUAAUGAUGAGAGGCCUGGAUAUGUGCAUCAUUCCUCAAGUCCAAGUAGCCAUGAGAAUCCAAGAACCGAUAAUCAGCCAGGGACUCUGCAUCCAAGCUCUGGAAGAACUAGUAUUGGACCUGUCUGGCAUGUCCCAGAUAUGAGGAAAAACAUGGCAUCCCCUACCCCACCUCCCACUCCACCUACACGUAGUGAUAGUUCUGCAGCUACCCAAGUUCAUGAAAAGGGUUUGAUCACAGCCACCUCUGAAGGCCUUGGAGUUCAUACUCAGGUGAAGCCUCAGGUGAAAGGACUACACAAAAUAGUAGAAACCCAUGACAGAACUCUUAAUCUGCCACCCAAAAGCGUUUCCUUGGCUUCCUAUAUUUCAGGCGAUGCCCAUCAUCAGAAUCCCCAUCAUAUGUCCUCAGACAAUACAUACUCCCUAUCGACCACAGACGUCAGAGAUAGACUUCCAUCCUACACACAUGUUCCAUAUCAUCCAAGGCAAUACAGCGACGAGGGCACUUUCCAUGCUCAAACUAGGACUGUGCCAGCAAUGAAGCCUUCGUUUACUGGCUACAGUAGCAAUAAGCAAGAGCUUCCGACAAAUAACCAAACACUGCUCAACAGCCAGAAUCACGGUAGAAGACCUGCUGCAUCACUGUCCAGUCUUGCCACUGAUCCUGAAAGAAGCAUUCAAAGCCAUUGUUAUGAAGGCACCUCCCACCAGACCACUCAUGGAAUUCCUCAGGGUUCUUUAGUGAGAGUCGAUGACACUAAAGCUUCUUCCAUGUCAGACAUUUCACACGGUGGAAGAGACAGGAUGUCUAUAGGUUCUCAAGGAGGAACUAAAGAUAGAUAUUUUCCACCUCAGUCACAUCACAAUGACCCAGAUCAUAAGAACAAUAAUGCCUGCUCCAAACCAAUUGAUGACCACCAUCGCAUUUGCUCCAAUCCCUUGAAUAUGUCAGAUUCAACAGCUGCAAAACCUUCUGAGCUGAGGGGAAGCCAGAAGCAACACCAUGUGUCCAGUUCAGAGAUGCAGUCUGGUAGUUAUAUCCCCAGUAAUCAAACUGAGCAUAUGAGAAGUGCAGGCCAUCUCCAUUCUAAAGAGUACUCCCAACAACCCAUAUCAACUAAAAGUGAGUCGAAGAUAUGUCCCCAGAAAACACCUAUGCUGUAUUCUCUUGCCCAAACAAACAAUAUAAUGGAUAACUAUCAAGAUGAGAUGAACAGUGGAAGUCGAUUACAGGAAGUCCUUGACAGUCAAAGUGCCAAACAGGCAAGGCAGAGUGACCGCUUUGCCACCACUUUGCGCAGUGAGAUCCAGAUGAGGAGGGCCCAGCUCCAGAAGAGUCGAAGUGCAGCCGCUUUAGGUAGACCAGUAGAAGCUGUAGAAGAGGCUACUAUCUGUAAGUCCACUGUGAAUUCUUCUCCAUCCUCAGAUGGCUCUUUUUCAAACUCUUAUAAAGAUCAUCUUAAAGAAGCCCAGGCAAGAGUUCUCCAGGCUACGUCUUUUAGGAGGAAAGACCUUGAGCCAGUGCUGUUUGAGCAUCCAGAUGCUGAGGCCUCUAUUUGGAGAGACACCCCUCAUUGUCCAAUUGUCUCAGAGAUCCUGCCUAGUAAACCCCUCUCAGGUAGUAAUCAGGUGCUUCGCAUUGGUUGCCGAAAGAGGUUUUCUGCGGAAAAGAAAUUUCGGUCUUUUUCUGAGCCGAAUAAAAUUCAUGAAGUUGGAGCUGAUGAACACUUCCCUGUGUCUGACAAUGCUGCACCAUUAGAAAAUUGUCGUAAAUUAUUUGAGGCAACAGGAAAACCAACCUUCCCUAAACCCAUACCAAAACAAAACCUGGAGAUAUCUGAAGACUCCAGACUGUCUAGGUCUGGUGGCAUUCACCACCAUGAAAAGAGCAACACAGCUGAACAGAGUAACAAUGGAAGCACAGCCUCCAGAGAACCACACUUUAAUGAAGGUCAGGAUGGUCCUCACCCAGUUAACCAAAAAGCCAUGCUAGAACAACAGAGACUUGGCACCUUUGCAGAGUAUCAAGCCAAAUGGAGCACUCCGAGGAAGACAGCUGAACCAAGAGUAUCUGGAAGAUACCAUUCUGCGGAUAACAUCCUUGAUACAGGAAUUGAGGAACGGAAUAAGCCCACCUGUGUGCAUGAAAGAUCUAGGUCCUCCCCUUCUGCUGACUUCUAUGGUCAGAAAAUUCCAGUUCAAGAAAAGCAGUCAGCUGACAACUCAAAGCCCGAGAGAAAUCUCUUUGAACAGGAAAAUAAUAAAACGAGGUUAAAUGAAAAAGGAUACAGAGAACUAAUUUGCAAGGGUAAACCAGAAGCACCUCCUUCAGCUUUGACUGAAGACCUGGAGAAAAAGCCAUCAGAUCCUCCACCCUGUCAACAUAAACCUGAACUACAUUUUUCAGACAAUAGCACUCACAGUGAACUGCCAGCUCUCUCCAAAAACAAGAGCGCUGUUCUCCAAUCUCCUCUCUUGCCCCAUCUGGAGAAGUACAAAUGUCCUGAGGGCACACCUCUUCUUCUUGGCAAAUUUCAGGAGGUCCAGGUUGGAUCACAAGGAGGAGUUUUGGCCUCAUUCUCUCCUGUCAACAAUCAAAGCUCUGCCUUGGAGCAUAGCAAAGGGCCAAUUGGGGAGGAGGAGCUACAACAAGAGCUGAUUCCUCCUCCCUUUCCACCUCCUCCCCCUCCGGUUGCCCUGCCCACCCAACAAACCACUGGCCCUACCCAGCCCACCAUGGAGGGGCAGCGUUCACCCUCGCCCCAGUUUGCUCCCCAGAGGCUAACUGACAAGCCCCCUGUCUCUGUCUCCAUACAGGAUGAAGCUCCUGGAAGAAUGGAUAGGGUAAAAAAUGAGAACACAUCAGUGAAAAAAGUACCCAUUAAGAUUGUCCACUCCGAGAGUGACACAGAAAAAGAAAGUCGACAAUACCUUGACCUGCCCAACGAGACUCCUCUCAGCUCUAAAGGAUCUGGAGUAACUCAUCUUCAGAGCUUGGGGAACCCUGAUCAGUCAUACUCCCUGUUCUGUGCUUACACAAGGCAAAAGGACCAGGUGCCUGAACCAAAAGACACAAUCAUGGGACUUCUGAAAGACCAGGGCCCACAAACCAAUGUGAGCCCAGUAGCUCAUGUGGUACAUGGCCUGCAGACAGGCCCUUCAUCGGAUCAGUGCAGCAAUGGAGUGUCUUUGCAUUCUUCCCGGGAAGAGGAUGAUGAAAAGAGACAGGAUCUGGCUAAAGACAUAAUGGACAAAGACAAAACCCUGGUGGACAUUUUAGACCAGAGCAAGAGGAAGACCACCAUGGAUCUGAUGGAGGGGAUUUUCCCUCAGGAAGAGCAUCUACUGGAAGAGGCUCAGCAACGCAGGAAAACUGCACCUAAACAACUCUCCCCUCGCAAUUCUGUCGAAAAAAAAGAGGAAGACAGCCUGGUGGCGGCCACUGCAUUAAUGACCAAUACUACUUACUACAGUACAUCUGCACCUAAAGCAGAGCUGUUGAUCAAGAUGAAGGACAUGCAGGAUCAGAGUGUGGAGCACAUCUCGGAAGAGGAGCUGGAAGAGGACAAUGAAACUUACCUCGCCAGCAAGAAGCAUGAGUUGAUUGACAGCCUCAGCAAGAAGUUGCAGGUGUUACGGGAGGCACAAGAGAGUCUACAGGAGGACGUGCAGGAUAACAACGCUCUUGGGGAGGACGUGGAGGUCAUCGUACAGCGUGUCUGCAAGCCCAAUGAAUUAGACAAGUUCCGUAUGUUUGUGGGAGACCUUGAUAAAGUGGUCAACCUUCUGCUGUCUCUGUCUGGACGCCUGGCCAGAGUAGAGAAUGCCCUCAACAGCCUGGAGGAAGAUACUUCAGUGGAGGAAAGGCGUACAUUGACAGAGAAGCGUAAACUGCUCAUCUGUCAACAUGAGGAUGCGAAGGAGUUAAAAGAAAACCUUGAUAGGAGAGAGCGUGUGGUUUAUGAGAUCCUGGCCAGCUACCUGCCAGAGGAGAGCAUGGCUGACUAUGAGCACUUUGUAAAGAUGAAGUCGGCCCUCAUUAUUGAGCAACGGAAGCUUGAGGACAAGAUCAAACUCGGCGAGGAACAGCUCAAUUGUCUGAUGGACAGUCUCCCAAUGGAUCAGCGUACAACCAACUGAGGACUUCAAACCUGGUCAAUGCAGUGAUUCAGAGCAAAUAUUCUGACGCACCCUGAAUAACAGGCUUCUAAAGCAGUACUUAACUUGGUCUAUUUACUGCAAAUGGAAUCCCUGUCUCCCCUAGAGCAGAUACUAUUUUGGAAAUACUCAAAAUGUUUUUAAAACCCUGUUAGUGCUGGGCACUUUCAGAUUGUGAUUUGAGAAAACCUUAUUAUAUAGAGAAUACUGUUGUUACUGUUUGUAGAGCAUUCCGAGAUAACUGUUCUUAAGUUUUCAUGACCUUUCAAUGUUACAAAACAUUAAAAUAUAUGGUGAAAUAAUAAUAAUUUUGAAGAAUCUUUUCCGUUUUUUUAUUUUUUAGAACUAUUUAAAUACAGACCAUAGCACUGUUUGCACAAUGUACCUAUCUGUACAUGCUAUGUGCGCUCACUGUGCUGUAGCUUUUUAAUCACUAGAGGGCAAUGAAAGAUGCAUCUUUAAAGUGUCUCAGCCUGAACCCUUAUACAUUAACAUGUAGACAUACACUCAAACAGAGAAUUGCAAAAUCAUUUCCAUUCAGGUUGCAUUCAUUUUCCACCCAUGCUUGUCUUACGAAUGCUGUGAUGCCAUUUACAUCAGAAGGUUGAAAUCAGCUUCCAAGAAUGAAUUUUAAUGGUGCAUUAUUUCAAAUGAUAUGCCCAACUAUUCUGGUCAUGUUUAAAAUAAUUCAAUGUUGAUUUUAGUAAUUUAUUUUAGUCCUUUGAAUCCUUGUAUAUAACUAGAAUAGGCUAGUAUUGUACCCUUUCACUUUAUUGUAGCUAAGCAAACUACCACUUUAGUCAUCACGCUUUUUAUAGAUGUAUAUCACCGUAAAAUGCAUUGUAACGUCAGAAUUAGGAUUCAAUGUAAGUAUUCUUUUGUUUAAAGAAUCUAAGAGACUUGCCUAAACUAAAUAAUAUUAUGUGAUUAAGGAUUCAGUGCUUGUCUAUAAAAUACCAGUUGCCUUUUGCUCCAAGUCUCGUGUAUAAAGUUUGUAAGAUUUCUUGUUUAGAUAUUUUAUGGAGUCAGAAUGGUCUCAAAAUGGACAAAAGAAAAGUCUCAGCCAACAUUCAAAUGAUUACAUGUCUGAUUCCUUUCCUUUUUCCGUUUUUCCAUGUGUUUAUGUAUGUGGGUCAAAGUGACUCCAAAUGAUGGCACUGAUCACAUAUACAGAAACAAUUAAAAUAUGCAUAAUCUAAUUCUAAAACUAUAUUUUCCCAUACUUUGUGAAGCGAUUAGAGACCUAAAUAAGGAAAGAAGAAAAAAAAAACUACUGAUGGUAGUUUUACGUUGUGGCACGAUUUGAGCACUGUCAUAAGUAUAAUGCACUUAAAGGGAUAGUUCACCCAAAAAAUUAAAUUCAUCAUUUACUCACCCUAAUGCCAUCCCAGAUGUGGGAUUUUCUUUUCUUUUUUUGCUGAACAAAAACAAAGAUAUUUAGAAGAAUAUCUCUGCUCUGUAGUUCCACACAAUGCAAGUGAAUGGUGACCAGAACUUUGAAGGUUCAAAAACAUGUAAAUGAAGCAUAAAAGUAAUCCAUUCAACUCUAUCAAAAUCCAGUAAAUAGCUCCGCCUCUGAAACCACUUUUCUUUUUGUUUGAUGUCACCAAUCCCACCUAUUUUUUUUUUUUCCAAUUCUUCCAACCUUUCAUGUUGAGCUAACUUUUUAUUAUUUAAUCAAUCCUGAUGGGCUUUUCUAUAAUAUAUAUUACAAUGUGGUAAAAGCUCUUUUCCAUAAAAGACUCAUUGUGCAGAAAAGGUGCAGUGUGUACUACUGAAGUUGCAUAAAUGAACGUAUCUGUACAAUGCAGAUAGCAGUUACUGGCUAGAUUGAAAAUGUCCCAUCUGAUUGUCUAAAGAGGAUAUUCUUUACAAAGUGUAUUUUGUGAGAAUUUCUGUCAAAAAAAAAAAAAAAGAUCCUCUCACAAAUCCAAGGCGAUCCACAAAUAUGUGAUGAUUUGCAAUUGCACAUUCAGCAAUUAACCAAUAAAUUUAGCGUUCACAAGUGUUUUGCUGUAUAUUAAUAAACUAUUUUAAUAGAUGUAUAGCCUAUUUGUGAAAAUGAUCACCAUUGCUCUGAUCACCAUUACUGUUUCAGUAAUAUUUAACUCUAGACACAACACUGCUGCAUUGGGCAAUCAGGGAGGAGGCUUUGACAUAUCUGUAAGAUACUCCAGAUAGCAGGUAAUAGCAUGGCUUACAUAACUGCAAUUGAAUAUGUACAGUAUAUUGAUCUGCUGGGAUGCAA